GAUUUCCAUUUUUCAACAUGUUCCAUUACUUGCGUAAGUGAGACAAUAUUAUGCUGAUACGUUUGAUUUCUUUCCUCUGUCGAACCUCACGCGUUUUAAUGCGUACCACCCUUAUAUUAUCAAAUACGAAGUCCCCCAGGUUUACUAAAAUGAAACUUUCGGAAAACGCCAGGAAACGUCAAAUGUGAAGGUUGGUGAUCAGCUGUGUAGAGGCGGAUUUAAAUUAUAAGGGAUUGAUCGCGGUUCGAUUAGUGGAAUGGAAAGAAAAUUGAAAGUGAUUAUGAGUGAAAAGUGUUAUGGAAACAUUAGCGACAAUUAGUACUAACAUUAAAAAUGAGGACUUCCAAGGUUAUUGUUACACAGUAACAAUUACUUGCUCCAUAACAAUAUGAAAUCACAAAUAAUUAAUUUUUCGCAAACAGGAAUUGUAGUGUGCAUUUUUGUGUUGGUUAGUUAUGCGGCUGUCGAUCUGGUACCCUGUGACAAAUCUCGAAGGGUUUUCACGAGCUCGUGGGGGAUUAUUACGGACGGUCCUUUGGGCUCGAAUUAUACACAGGACAGUCAUUGCGAAUGGCUGAUCAAGGCGAACAGUAGCAAUAAGUUUAUUACCCUGAGUUUUCGUAGUAUGGGGACCGAGUGCUCGUACGACUAUGUGUUUGUGUAUGACGGCGAUUCCUUUCACUCACCGUUACUGGGAAGUUUCAGCGGGAAGACAGAUCCUCAGCAGGUGGUUGCAUCAUCCGGGUACAUGCUGAUUUUGCUGUAUAGUGAUACGAAUUAUGUGCUUGACGGUUUUCGUGCGGAGUUCUUCAUUACGGAUUGUCCAAAUAAUUGCUCAUCGCGUGGUAUGUGUUACAACAAUCGGUGUGUGUGUGAGGGGGACUGGGGCGGGUCGGAUUGUUCGCAUAGAUUGUGCCCGGAGAAUUGUGGAAUGCGCGAGGGUCGCGGUCGGUGUGACAAAGGGCAGUGUAUUUGCACGAGCGGUUAUUCGGGACAGUCGUGUAGUUUAUUCGACGGCGAUAAUGUCGGUAACAAGUGGCACUGGCUGUCCCACUCAGAAGGCGGUUUUACGCCUAGAGCAGCUCAUACCGCAGUUUACGUGGAACAAACCGACUCUCUGUAUGUUUUCGGUGGGUACGAUUUAAAUAAUAUUUUAAGCAAUCUGGAAAUUUAUAAUUUCCAAAAUAGUACGUGGAGGGAUGAAUUGGGACAAGUGUUGCCGUAUAAAAGUUUGGUAAGUUCGAUCGAGCCGGGGUCCAUGGCGAAAUUGAUCGAGCAAGCUGGCCCGGACUGGCAACAGAAAUGGGGGUUGAAUUCUCGUGUGUCAUUUAUGCGCAAUCUUUUAUACUCAUUUAAUGAUAACUCCACCACAGUCAGAAGAAAUCAAAUUCACUCACGGUCACCAGACUAUCACAGGCCCGUUGCCCGUUAUGGUCACGCUGCAUGCGCAGUCACCCGUGGAUUUGUGGUAUUUGGAGGCAAAUUAGAUAACGGUAGUUUAACAAAUGAUCUGUGGUUGUAUGAUGUUUAUUCUAGUCGUUGGGAAGUGAGAGCACAGUUUUCUGAUGUAAAACCUCCCUCUCUUACAAGGCACACUUUGACGUGCGUUGAAAAUACAAUUUAUUUAUUCGGGGGUAGCACCGAGGAUGGAGAAUUUUCUUCAAAAUUAUUCAGCAUUCAAUUGUUACCCGAGGCAAAUGAGAAGUGGCACGAAAUAAUACCAAGAGGGGGCAAAAUACUGGAUGUGCGUGUCGUGGCACAUACAACCGUUUACUAUCCACCAACCAACUCCCUACUAAUUUACGGGGGAAUUAUGGCAGGAGUUGCGAGGUUUUCAAAGUUGUCCGACCGCAUGCUGGUUUUUCAAUUAGAUAACAAGCAUUGGACCGAAAUUCAUUACACGCGGGAGCAUUUACGUGAGCGAUUCGUACCCAGAGAAAGAGCCUUUCACACCGCAAACAUAAUGGGCAACUACUUAGUCAUCUUCGGGGGCUACUCCCACCGGCACAACAAAGAAGAAAUUUGCUAUGACAAUCAAAUGUACCUCUACCACUUAGGCUGUCACACGUGGGUCAACCCGGAAAUUCUGGGCAAAACAAACGACUCUCGUUAUCCCAAGCAACAGGGGGUGUUUGCGCACUCGGCCAGUAUUCGGCACGACAACACCCUCUUACUAGUCGGCGGAUAUCACGGCAACGUAAACGGAGAUCUGCUCGCUUACAUCGUCCCCCCAAUGAUAGCAGCACACCAAAAGGAAAAUUACGACCCGGAAAUCGCCUGCCACCGACACAGAAAUUACGCAGAAUGCUCCGCUGAUCCGGAAUGCGGGUGGUGUUCUGCUGACGAAAUGUGCUACGGACGAACGAUCGGCGCUAAUUGCACCACCAACCUACAGACAACUCGAUGUCCGGGUGUGUGUCCAGCCUUGGGAGACUGCCACUCGUGCCUAAUUCACGGGCCAUCCCAACAGUAUUUGAAACCAUUGGUAUCGGCAGCUUUUAAGUUGGGACUAAGCGAAUGCACUUGGUGUGUACAAAACGCACGUUGUCAUUACAAAGACGACAACUACGGAAUAUGCGGGUUAUGGGAGGAUAGCCCGAGUCAAGUGCCCGGCUGGUGGGGCUCCAAAGGCACCGAAGUCUUAGAAGCGGAACUUUGUCGGGAACUUGACCGUCGACCAGGUCUCACCUUCCUAAAAUACUACUAUCCGGUUAAUUUCACCCAGCCCGAUCAUGUUGGGAUUAUCAACGCGACUACUGUCGAUUUUAACAGCCCUACUACAUCCUGGUUACGGACGGAUCCAACUGCGGGCGGAGAAAUGGUCGCGAGACUGCUAGGAUUUUUACAUCCCCCGCCCCAAUUUAAGGAAAUGUUGAAAGUUUGCGUCAGCUACAGUAGCGCCUCGUUGAAGAUCGGCGAACAUUUGCUCGCCAACCUAACAGCCGAGCAGAAGCAUUGCCAACCUCAAAUCUUUUGGCCCGAAUCGGAAUUUAAUAGAGUUUCCGUGGAUUUUGAGUCGCAUAAAAUUAUCAGUUUGGGACCCUAUAAUACUCAUCAGCAAAGUAAGAUGGAGCUGCUGCACUAUCAGGAUAAAGAAACACCAAAGGUUUUUACCUUUGAAUACUUAGAACCGUACGGAAACGGCACUUGCCACCAAUACAAAAACUGCCUGCAGUGUUUAUCAGACUCGCUCUGCGGCUGGUGCGAGGCGAGUAAUACGUGCGUGUCUCGCCUAGAAAGGGAGAACGUCAGCUGCGUGUCGACGGACGGAGACUGGAGAUAUUUAACUUUGCAACCCAGCGCCUGUUCGAAUUGCUCGAACUUUAUAUCGUGCGACAGUUGCGUUACGACCGGUUUGUGCGAAUGGUGGAUGGAGGAGGCGCGUUGCUCGCGAGUCGGAAGGGCUCUUAACGCGGCGACCAAUUUAGAUCAGUGUCCGACGCCCUGUUACAAAAGGCCGGAUUGUACGUCCUGUUUGGAGGAGAAAGGGAGGUGCGUGUGGUGCGAAACAACUCAACAGUGCUUCAGCUUUUCGGUGUAUACCAGCGAGUAUCAGUUUGGGCUGUGCAGGGAGUGGCUAGAUCAGGCGUUUCCCUUGGUAACGACGCAGGAGAAUGGAUUACUGCCAGCACCGAAACCUCAGGAACAAUGUAAAUCUUGUUCUUUGCACUCUAAUUGUACCACCUGUCUCAGUUCGCUAAGUUGCGGAUGGUGUUAUAACUCAUCAAAUCCAAUUACAGGAAUGUGCGUGCAGGGAGACUUCAACAAUCCCAGAAUAAAUUGCUCUAAGGCAUUGGGAAUUUCAAACGUUCGCUGGGCUUACGCCCACUGCCCCGAUGUCGACGAGUGCGGUCUCGGACUUCAUGAUUGUCACCCGCAAGCUAUAUGUACCAACACAGACGGUUCGUUUAACUGCCAAUGCAAAAGAGGGUAUAUCGGUGACGGUCGUACCUCGUGCAUUCGUACUUGCUACAAUGUAUGUGUCCACGGUACCUGCCAAGGAGAGCCGGAUUACGCUUGCAAAUGCGAUUUAGGAUGGACAGGCUCGGAUUGCUCCAUUAACUGUGGUUGCAAUAAUCACUCCAAUUGUCCUGAAGGAAUCGGAAAGUGCGACCAGUGCAUGGAUUGGACUAUGGGCGAUUCUUGCGAGUUUUGUACGUCGGGCAGUUACGGAAACGCGACCACUGAAAAAGGGUGUCACAAGUGUGAUUGCAACGGGCACGGUCUCGAGGAGUUCGGGGAGUGUAAUAUUUCCACGGGCGUGUGUUAUUGCAAAGACAAUACGGAGGGCGAUCACUGCGAACGUUGCAAGACGAAUUAUUACGGCGAUCCGCGGCACAACGGGCAGUGUUAUUAUCAAUGCGAGCCGAGAGGUAUGCUCAGCGGGUCCGAGGGGCAAGGAAUUAGUUCGCGACAGGCAUACGUUGCUCCCUGGGGAGGUCCUCCAACUCGAGAAUGUUUAUGGAUUAUCAAUCCGUCCGUGGACUCCGGUUCAGUUAUUAUUCAAUUAGAAGUAAAUUCUAGUCAGUUAAAUGUUACGUGUGGUGAAAAUGCUGUGUAUGUUUACGAUGGUCUACCCGAGUUAGUCGAUAUGGGAAGCCAGAGUGCGCUGUCGGCAGCUCUCUGUACUGAGGAAACGAUUCCUACUGCUAUUGUUGAAUCUCGAACAGGUCACUUGACUGUCCAUUAUAAGCAAGGACUUGCCGGUGAGGGCUUCAGUGCCGUUUAUAAAAUACUGCACUGCAGCAAUUGCACAUAUCCAAGACAAUGCAAACAUGACCAGUGCAUUUGUGGCGACGAUUUUGUCGGCCCCAAUUGUGAUAUCCCAAUUUGCCCCAACAAUUGUAACUUUGCGCUGAAUCAAGGAACUUGUGAUCGCGCCUAUGGCCGCUGCUUGUGUUCCGCCGGUUGGGGAGGAGCCUCGUGCGAUAUCAGGUUAUCAGGAAAACAGAUCGUAUUCACCGAACUAUUCAAUACGAUUCAUCUCGCCGAUAACUUGGAACAUUUAAGAAAAACGCUACCCAGAUUCGGUCACGCGUUGGCGGCCGAUCGGAGGGGUUCUCUGUGGAUGUUUGGCGGUUAUUCCCUAUCGCACGGACCGUUAAACGACAUUCGUUUGUUCGAUACUCGCAACAGUACCUGGACGCAGGUUACCGUAGACUCGACGCCCGACGCGAAAAUGCCGCAAGGUCGCUACUUCCAUUCCGCCGAUCUGGUCCACUCGAAGCAGGCGAUAUACGUCUACGGCGGUUUAACUAAGGCGGCCAAGACGUCGCCGAAUCGAACAUUGGACGACUUCUGGCAGUUCGAUAUUCUAAACCAGCGUUGGAAGGAGAUCGAGAAAGACGUAAAGUGGCCGCCGUUGGUUGCCGGACACACAUUAAAUUCGUAUCGAAAUGCGUCAGUUGAAAGUUUGGUGUUAAUCGGAGGUGUAUCACCGCAGCAAGGUUUCCUCAGCGAGGUUUGGGAGUACAGACUGGACAAGGAGCAGUGGCAUUCGUGGCAUGUCAAAGGAAACGGGCCGUUGGGAAUAUUCGGACAUAGCACCGUCUUUCACAACCCAUCGAAUAGUUUUUACGUAUUUGGCGGAUAUGAGUACAUGGAGCAACAGUCGGUGUUAUCCAAUAAGUUAUACAGGCUGAGCUACGAUAGCCGUACCUGGACUGAUCUCAACACAUUUUCUUCCACUUUUGGUUUGCCGAGGGGACGAUACUUUCAUUCAACUGUUACAACAGACACUCACAUGUUUUUAUUAGGCGGGCGAAUUUGGCCAUGGAACGUUUCUGACACUUUUUACGCUUAUUCUUACAAAUGCAAUCAGUGGAUAAAUUUACUUUCUGAAGGUGUGCAGAAGGUGGGUCCGCUGCCCACACAAACGUACGCCCCUGCCAUGACAAUCGAGCCGGACGGUAACACAGCGUACGUUGUGGGUGGGUGGGGUAGCGACAGCGACUGUUCCGUUAUGAAAAUUCAACUGCCUCACGAAUUUUGCUCUCUGUGGGAACAAAGGCAUCACUGUCUACAAAUUCCCGGCUGCGGACAUUGCUCGCUGUCCAAAGGAAAUGACAAACACCAAGAGAUCUGCUAUGAUAAUUCGAAGGCGCAGUGCCCGUUGGUCGUUUCGGAAGCGGGCAUUGAAGUUCAAGAUAAUCGAGGAAGAGUUUGCGACGGAAGCAUAAUAACUAGCGAUUGUGUGUCAUUGGAGGACUGUACCACUUGCGUGCAAGUGGUCGGAUGUCAGUGGUGCAAUAACAUGUGCCUUGCGAAUAAAACUUGCAGCGUUGAUGCUGCUGGUUCACUGUCACAGUGCCCGUAUAACAUGUGUUCGGCUACCGAUUGCAUUCAGUGCCACCAGCUUUAUGGUUGCGAUUGGAGUUAUUCAAAACGCAAAUGUGAACCUUUGCUGAAAGAACAAGAAGCGAACGCAAUAUCCACCUGCCCAUAUUUGUGUACGCAUUAUACAUCUUGCAGCUCAUGCUUAGAUGUCGCCGACUGUCGGUGGUCCACUCAGUUGGACGAGUGCAUUUCCGCCUCUUAUCAACCCAUGUAUUGUGCGGGCGGCGUUUGCGGUCUUGUUUUGCAAACUGACGAUCGACAAUACUGCCCGGAACCGUGCAGCUCAUUCACGCAAUGCUCCAGUUGUCUAAGGCACGCUUACUGCGGCUGGUGUGCUGCGCCCGGUACUUCUGGCGCCGGAAUAUGUACGGAAGGAUCGAACGAACACCCCAUGUUAGGUACUUGCAAUGACGUGUACGGGGAGCAGGAUUUGGUUUUGGAAACGCAUACAGAUUUAGAUGUGAAUAUUACUUACACAUGGCACUAUGUUAAAUGUCCACCGGAAGACGAAUGCCUGAACGGUCAUCACACUUGCGCCGUUGAGUCAGAGGAGUGCGUUGAUUUGGAGGAAGGUUUUCAGUGUGUUUGCGGUCCAGGUUACAAAGCGGGGACGACCGGUUGCGAGCCUGUUUGCAAACAAGGAUGUGUGCGUGGUCAGUGCGUACAGCCUAACAAAUGUCUUUGCGACUUUGGCUAUGUUGGCGCUAAUUGCAGUAUUCAAUGUCAGUGCAAUGGUCACGCAAACUGUGAAGGGCCUGACAAGUUGGAUAAAUGCAUACAAUGUUUUAAUAAUACUAUGGGGCCACAAUGUGAAAAGUGUCAACCGUUAUUCGUUGGAGAUCCUACAAAUGGCGGACAGUGCGUGCCGUGUUCGGAUUAUUGCAAUGGACACAGUGCUGUGUGCAUAGACAAUAGCACGGACUUAGUUCCUCCGGAUGACAUGGACUUGGAAGAUAUCGCCAGAUAUUUAAAGGAGGGUCCGAAAUUUUCAGCUCAGUGUUUACAUUGCGCUAAUCAUACAACUGGCACUCGGUGUGACGAGUGUAUAACUGGCUACUUUCGUGGAUCGGAAGAUCAUCGAGACCCCUGUAGACUGUGCGAUUGUCACGGUCAUGGAGACAUAUGUGAUCCCGUUACUGGCGAAAAAUGCAAUUGCAAAAACAACACUGAAAGCGACAUCUGCCCUUCGGGACCGUCCGGAAAGAACUCGGCUCAACCGUGCUGGAUGCUUCAAUGUUCAAAAUGCAAAGAAGGUUACAUAGGCACGCCGAAAGCGGGUCAUCAGUGCUACAAACAAAUGUCGGUCGAUUCAAAAAUGUGCUUUGAUGCUAAACCGAUAGAUGAAUGCAAGAUGAAACCGAAACCUUUACAUCCAGGCGAAAUGGUAUUCUUUGUCGUACAGCCCAGGUUCAUGAAUGUAGAUAUUCGAAUAAUGAUAGAUGUCACUCAAGGCAAACUGAAUGUAUUUAUGAGCACCCAUGACGAUACUUAUGUUGUUUUUCCUAACGCAACCAGUGGAUUUCACGAAAUUGACUUUGAUCCACAAUACGGUUUAUGGGAAAACGGAUCUCAGAAAACUGAUGACGUAACAUUCGAGAAAGACGCAAUCGGUUUACGAACUUACAUAACAGUAGAACAGCCAAAAACUAUGUUGGCAUUAAAAGGUUUAAAGGAUCGAUUGGUAAUUACGUUACCUGAGGAGCAUCACAGUUUAGAAUCGACGCGAUUUUAUUUAGUUCUGCAAGCCGUCGACAGUCCCGAAUUGGAUAAAAAAGUUUCAUAUGGAAUUGUAUUUUUUAGACAAGAUCAACUACACAUUGACCUCUUUGUGUUUUUCUCUGUGUUCUUUUCGUGUUUCUUCUUAUUUUUGGCAGCUUGCGUCGUCGCCUGGAAGGCGAAACAGGCGGCCGACGUUCGGAGGGCGAGACGGAGACAUGUUGUCGAAAUGUUGCAUAUGGCCAAGCGACCUUUCGCAAGUGUCACCUUAAAUCUUGCAGCCAAACCGAAGCCAAGGAAAGCUACUCACUAUGAUCUAAGGCCAGUUGCGGUUGAACCUACCGAGGACGGUUUAGCCGCAGUCGCAACAGUAUUUGUAAAUAUGCCGGGUGGCCAGAGCCCACCCAUGAAGCUAGCGUUAGCAUCCUCUCUCAUUUUAUUAGCUCGACAGUUACCAACAGGAGGUAGAACAUUUUUAAGGCGACGCUCUACUCACGCUACCCCACCAACUUAAAAUACUCAAAUUGGCAACUCAAUUGUAUAAGUGUAACUAUAUGUUUUGUAUAUGUUGUAUUAUUAGGUAUAUGUUUUAUUUAUAAAUAAAAAUAUUUUCUAUCAAUGAAA